CUUUAUUGCCAUUUUUUCAUGGUUCUGCUAUUCUGCACUGAUUCCAACCCAACCUCCCCUCAGUCCCCUUCUAUGGCAAUCCACUCCCCUCCAACCCCGCUUUCAUCUAUUCAACCAACUCACAUAUCUAUAUUCCUUUAUAUACCCAUAGUUGUUCAUAUCUUUGAAGUCCCAUGAAUGGAAAUUUCAAGCACCAAGUUUCUUGAACCUCCACCACCCCUUUUCCUCUCUCAAAUGGAAGAAAGACUGGAAGGUUACAAUAAUGGGAACAAAUUCUUGGAAAGGUUUCCAAUAGCAGCAACUCAGAGGAGUCAAUUAACAAAGAAAAGUGUGGAGGCUGCACCUUCAACCCCUGGGAGGCCCAUUUUCAGCUUCAGUGUUGGGAAUUUUUCCAGAAAAUCUGUCCCUUCAAAGUGGGAUGAUGCAGAGAAGUGGGUUGUUAAUGGGAGCUCUUGCCAUGAUUCCCCUUCUACUGCUCACCAUCAUGGAUUCAAGCCACCAGAGUGGUUGAGAUCCUCUAAGCACUGUAAUGGGGUUAAACCCCAAGAAGCAGCUGGAGAGCCAGAAGAUGGUGAUGAUGAAAUGCAUUCCUACAUGGCAUCAGAUGGAAAAUCCUCCAAACCAGAUGUGCUUUUUAAAGACAAGUUCACCAGAGAACUAGGAAGUAUCAAAGACAAGCCCAUGAACUGUUGUGCAACAUCAGAGGUUGUUCAUCCUGAGGUUGUUAAUCUGAGAGACAUAGGAACAUCAAUGACGCCUAUCGCCAGUUCGGCUCCAUCGAAAUGCCACACUCCGGUCAUGAUCCUGUCGCCAGCAGGACACAACACACCUGCUGAUCGGUCCGGACCGCUUGGUCCAUCAAACUCAAGCUCGGCCAGCACAACAGAUAUAAUGAUGCAAUUACAAGAAAGCCAUUUGGCAAAACUACAGCUCGGGAUGAUGCAUCAGGAUUCGACCCUGACAUCGAAUUGGAGCACCAGGGAAGAGGAGGAAGAUGACGUAUCGAAGAGCUUGAGACACUUCGAGGUGAGCAACGAAUGUCAGGGAGUUAGCAUACCCAAGCCUAGAGAAGCUUGGGAUGAAGAGGCUUCUAAGUGUUGCCUAAGAUAUCAGAGAGAAGAGGCCCAAAUUCAGGCUUGGGUGAACCUCCAAAUAGCAAAGGCAGAAGCUCAGUCCAAAAAGCUAGAGGUUUAAUAUUCUAAUAAAACUUCUCUGUUCUUGAUAAAUGGGGUAAAAACUGUCAAAUAAUGCAUGGUUUGAUGACAUUAUUAAGGUGAAAAUACAAAGGAUGAUAUCCAAAAAGGAAGAGAAGUUGAUGAAGAGGAUGGCAAUAGUUCAAAGGAAGGCAGAAGAACUGAGGAGUGCAGCACAGCUUCAACAUUCUGAGCAGAUGCAGAAGGUGAGUGAAAGGGCGAAGAAGACGACGGCCAACCGCUUGCGGCCGCCGCUGAACAUUGAUAUGUCGCCAUCUUCUCGGGGUGGCCCAACUUGCUGCAGUUGUUUUCCUUGCAACAGCCAUUAUUACUUGUAGCAGUGUAUAGUUGCAGUCUUACUGCAUGUGUUAGUUGUUCUAUCCUUUCCUGUCCUAUGGUCAAUUUGCAAUCAGUGAUACAUUCUUUCAAUGCCCUCCAAGAAUCUUUGGUAUGCUUGGACCACAGGGGCAAUAAUAGGACAUCUUGAUCUAGUAACUACAUACAGUCAUAUUAUUAUUGACCCAAG